AUGGGUUUCCUGUUGCUGCAUUUUGCUCUGCUGCUUCUCUUCAUCUGUCCAUGCCAGGCUCAGGGCGAGGAGGUUACCGAUGAACCAGCAAUGAACUGCCAGCCCCACAGUCACUUUGAGGAAUGUGCCAGCCCGUGCCAGCCGACCUGCCCCUUCACAGAGCCGGAUAAGUUCUGUAUCACCCUUUGUGUGGAGGGCUGUGUGUGCGAUCAGGGCUAUGUCCUGAGCGCCGGCGUGUGCAUCCCAAAAGAAAACUGUGGCUGCUCCUAUCGGGGGCGCUACUACAAACCAGGCCAGCGCUUCUGGGAAGGCCCGGGCUGUAGGAGCUACUGCUUCAUGCUCGCCCAAGGAGAAGUGCUCUGUGGUGGAUGGGAUCCGUGCUUGUCGGCCUUUGGCACAUGUACAUCCGAGGGAGACCCUCACUGCAUGACAUUUGAUGGCCGUAGAUUUGACUUCCAGGGUACGUGUAAAUAUCAACUGGCGGCGUUGUGUGUGAAGAAACCGUAUCUGGAGCCAUUUAAAGUCACCGUGCAGAAUGAAAACAGAGGCAACAACUUAGCCGUGUCCAUCACCAGAACUGUGAUCAUCGAGAUGUACGGAGUCACGAUCAUCAUCAGUCGAGAGAACCCCAAUAAAAUAUGGGUGGGUUCAGAACCUCCACACUUUGAACCAUGUUACAAUAUUGUUUCUCAAUAA